UCUGAAAGUCCAAAGAACUCUCGCUAGCCACGCUCCCAUCAACCACCAAAAAAAACCAUUUGAAUAAAAUACACACGCACACACACCCCCUAAAGGCCCUGCUUUCAUCGCCCCCUUGGCGGAUUUUCCUACGCUUUUCCCACUCUUUCUCUCCCCCCCCUUUAUAUAUAUCCCGCGAAACCAACUUUCUCUACUUCCAAAGUCACAGACAAACCCUCUCUCUCUCUCUCUCUCUCUCUCUCUCUAUCUAGCUAUCGAAAAUGGGGGAAAUGAGCUUGGCUUCCCAACCAGCCACCAACCUCCUCCAAAAGCCUUUCCUAUCCUCGAAACCAUUUCAGAAGCCCCGGACUACCACUUCUAUCCCUUCUAAGAAAUCCCGACGAUCUCUCGCCGUUCAGUGCUCCGUUGCGGCAGCACCGUCGGUGGAGGCGACGACUAAGGCUUCGAAAGAGUACAAGUUGAGGUCGGUAAAGGCGAGGCAGAUCAUUGACAGCAGAGGCAAUCCGACGGUGGAGGUUGAUCUAGUCACUGACGAUCUUUUCCGAUCUGCUGUCCCUAGUGGGGCUUCCACUGGGAUCUACGAGGCUUUGGAGCUCAGAGAUGGGGAUAAGAGUGUGUAUGGAGGCAAAGGCGUGCUCAACGCUGUGAAGAACAUUAAUGAGGUUCUGGGUCCUAAGCUUAUUGGCGUCGAUGUCAGAAAUCAAGCUGAUGUUGAUGCUGUUAUGCUGGAAAUUGAUGGAACCCCAAACAAGUCAAAACUGGGGGCGAAUGCUAUAUUGGGAGUGUCUCUGAGUGUGUGUAGAGCUGGUGCAGGAGCUAAGGGAGUUCCCUUAUAUAAGCACAUACAGGAAAUUUCUGGCACAAAGGAACUUGUUAUGCCAGUUCCAGCUUUUAAUGUUAUAAAUGGAGGUAGCCAUGCUGGAAAUAAUUUGGCCAUGCAAGAGUUCAUGAUAUUGCCUGUAGGUGCAACAUCGUUUGCUGAGGCACUUCGCAUGGGUAGUGAAGUGUAUCAUAUAUUGAAGGGAAUUAUCAAGGCAAAAUAUGGGCAAGAUGCAUGCAAUGUUGGAGAUGAAGGGGGGUUUGCCCCAAAUGUCCAGGAUAAUAGGGAGGGACUGGUUCUGCUCAUAGAUGCAAUUGAAAAGGCGGGUUACACUGGCAAGAUCAAAAUAGGAAUGGAUGUUGCAGCUUCAGAGUUUUUCACUAAAGAUGGGAAAUACGAUCUUAACUUUAAGAAACAGCCAAAUGAUGGAGCUCAUGUGCACUCAGCUCAGAGCCUUGGCGAACUUUAUAAGGAAUUUAUCAAAGAUUUUCCAAUUGUGUCCAUUGAAGAUCCUUUUGAUCAAGAUGACUGGGCCUCAUGGGCCUCAUUACAGUCUUCAGUUGAUAUCCAGCUUGUUGGAGAUGACUUGUUGGUCACUAAUCCUAAGAGAAUUGCUGAAGCCAUUCAGAAGAAGGCAUGCAAUGGUUUGCUUUUAAAGGUUAACCAGAUUGGCACGGUCACUGAGUCUAUUCAAGCAGCGCUUGACUCAAAAGCUGCAGGUUGGGGUGUGAUGGUUAGCCAUCGUAGUGGGGAAACUGAGGACAACUUCAUUGCUGAUCUUUCUGUUGGCUUGGCUAGUGGACAGAUCAAGACAGGAGCUCCCUGCCGUAGUGAGCGGUUGGCAAAGUAUAAUCAGCUUCUACGCAUUGAGGAAGAAAUUGGGAACGUGCUUUAUGCUGGUGAAGCUUUCAGAUCACCCUGAGGGGUGUAGAAAGCACUAAAAUUUUUGCAUUUUCGGAAGAUGGUAAUUAUCUAACAAAUUAUCUUAGCUACAAGUCAGACUGGAUUUUGGAGAUAUUCUAAAGAUAUUUUUGGCAGAUCAGAUCAAGUUAAAUUUCAUUUGAUUGCUCUAUGUGUUAAAAUGUGGACAUUAUAUACCUCGUGUUAUCUUCUUUGAUAGAAACCUAUUGUUAGUUAAUAAGGAAGUUUCGCCUUCAAGCAUUCUGGAAUUUACAUGGAACUGGUUGAAUAUUAGCAGUAUCUUGUUCCAGAUUCAAAGUGCUUGUGUUUGUAACAUAUGUAUGCCCUUGUAAUAAAAUGUGUUUCCUCGAGAUUUUGUUGAGUGAUAAAA